AAGUGAUGAGCGAGACCCCAGCACGACCGUGAAAACCACCUGGAGCCACCUUGCCUGGAUCUUACCUGCGGGCAGAAAGUCCUCCUAUGACCGUCUUUCCCCCUAGAGGCACCAGAACUCCUCUAGUUCUGCCGAAUGUUUGGCUGUGGGUCUCUGCAUCUGAUUCCAUAAGCUGUGGGAUGAAGCCUCUCUGAUGACACCAGGACUAAGCACCAAUCUAAGAAGUCCCUGUAUCCAUUCAGCCAGUUGUUGAGGAGAGAUGUAGCAGCUGACCACCCUUCCCCCUGACACCAUUCUCAGCACCAGCUUUGGAGAUGCGUUCACCUUGUUCGUCUUCUGCAGUAGCCAGGCCGAGUGCUGACUCCUUCAUGGUAGUGAGGAACUCUUCAGGCUCCAGAAGCUCUUAAACCUAAUCUACAAUGGAAAAAUUCCUUUUUUACCUGUUUCUCAUUGGCAUAGCUGUCCGAGCUCAGAUCUGUCCAAAGCGUUGUGUCUGUCAGAUUUUGUCUCCUAAUCUUGCAACCCUUUGUGCCAAGAAAGGGCUUCUAUUUGUUCCUCCAAACAUUGACAGAAGAACUGUGGAACUACGGCUGGCAGACAAUUUUGUUACGAAUAUCAAAAGGAAAGAUUUUGCCAAUAUGACCAGCUUGGUGGACCUGACUCUAUCCAGGAAUACAAUAAGUUUUAUUACACCCCAUGCUUUUGCCGAUCUACGAAAUUUGAGAGCAUUGCAUUUGAAUAGCAACAGAUUGACUAAAAUUACAAACGAUAUGUUCAGUGGGCUCUCCAAUCUCCAUCAUUUGAUCCUGAACAACAAUCAGCUGACUUUAAUUUCUUCCACAGCGUUUGAUGAUGUUUUUGCUCUUGAAGAGCUGGACCUGUCCUAUAAUAAUCUAGAAACGAUCCCCUGGGAUGCUGUAGAGAAGAUGGUGAGCUUGCAUACUCUUAGUUUGGAUCACAACAUGAUUGACAACAUUCCUAAGGGAACUUUCUCCCACUUGCACAAGAUGACUCGGCUAGAUGUAACAUCAAAUAAAUUGCAAAAGCUGCCCCCUGACCCUCUCUUUCAGCGAGCGCAGGUGCUGGCCACCUCAGGAAUCAUAAGCCCAUCGACUUUCGCAUUGAGUUUUGGUGGAAACCCCUUGCAUUGCAAUUGUGAGUUGUUGUGGCUGAGGCGCCUGUCCAGAGAAGAUGACCUUGAGACCUGUGCUUCUCCUGCUCUGUUAACUGGCCGCUAUUUCUGGUCAAUCCCCGAGGAAGAGUUUUUGUGUGAGCCUCCGCUCAUAACUCGGCAUACACAUGAGAUGAGAGUCUUGGAGGGUCAAAGGGCAACACUGAGGUGCAAAGCUCGAGGGGACCCUGAACCUGCAAUUCACUGGAUUUCUCCUGAAGGGAAGCUGAUUUCAAACGCAACACGAUCUCUGGUGUAUGAUAACGGAACACUUGACAUCCUUAUAACAACUGUAAAAGAUACAGGUGCUUUUACCUGUAUUGCUUCCAAUCCUGCAGGGGAAGCAACACAAACCGUGGAUCUUCACAUAAUUAAACUCCCUCACCUACUGAACAGUACCAAUCAUAUCCAUGAGCCUGAUCCUGGCUCUUCAGAUAUCUCCACCUCAACUAAGUCAGGUUCAAAUGCUAGCAGUAGCAAUGGUGAUACUAAAAUGAGUCAAGACAAAAUUGUGGUGGCAGAAGCAACUUCGUCAACAGCGCUACUUAAAUUUAAUUUUCAAAGAAAUAUUCCAGGAAUCCGUAUGUUUCAGAUCCAAUACAAUGGUACUUAUGAUGACACCCUUGUUUACAGAAUGAUACCUCCGACAAGCAAAACAUUUCUGGUUAAUAAUCUGGCUUCUGGAACUAUGUACGACCUGUGUGUGUUGGCCAUAUAUGAUGAUGGCAUCACCUCCCUCACUGCCACAAGAGUCGUGGGUUGCAUCCAGUUUACUACCGAACAGGAUUAUGUCCGUUGCCACUUCAUGCAGUCCCAGUUUUUGGGCGGCACCAUGAUUAUUAUCAUUGGUGGAAUCAUUGUUGCAUCUGUGUUGGUUUUCAUCAUCAUACUAAUGAUCCGGUAUAAGGUUUGUAACAAUAACGGGCAACACAAAGUCACCAAGGUUAGCAACGUUUAUUCUCAAACUAAUGGGGCUCAGACGCAAGGCUGCACUGUCACGCUGCCCCAGUCCAUGUCCAAACAAGCCAUGGGCCAUGAAGAGAAUGCCCAGUGCUGUAAAGUCGCCAGUGACAAUGUGAUUCAGUCUUCAGAAACAUGUUCGAGUCAGGACUCUUCCACCACUACCUCUGCUUUGCCUCCUACCUGGACUUCAAGUGCGUCUGCGUCUCAAAAGCAGAAACGAAAGACUAGCACGAAGCCAAGCGCUGAGUCGCAGAGUGAAGCUGUCACAAAUGUUGAGUCCCAAAACACUAACAGGAACAACUCAACUGCCUUGCAGUUAGCUAGCUGCCCUCCUGCUUCUGUCACAGAGGGGCCCACAUCUCAAAGAGCACAAACCAAGCCAAAUGCUUCGCUGACUAAUGUUGACCAGAAUGUCCAGGAAACACAGAGGCUGGAGUCAAUAUGAAGAGCACCACUUCUCUCUCCCUCGAAAACAGUUGCCCCUGAUAUUUUUACUGGAUAAAAUUUGAAAAUGUUUCAGUUCACAACAGCAGAUUAGUGAACUGCUAUCCCCGGAAGAUUUGCUCAUGGGAGCCAAAGUGACGACAUCUAUGGUGCGGUGGAACUGGCUCCCUCUCACCACGAUUCAUCCCCUUUUCAAACCAAAUUUUUUUCUUCUGAUCUACAAAUAUUUUUUUUAAGAAAGGAAAGAGAACAAAGCCUUCAUUGGCAUCAAGUUCUGUAUCAAUCCAUCCUACAUUGCCAUCCAUGAUUUAACAGACUGUAGAAUCUUGAAUACUCUAUAUCACUUU